AUGUCAAGUGUUCAGAAGAUCCUGGAAUUAAAGGACAGCUCAGUCUUUCUAUGGACGGAUUCAUCGGUCACUCUUGCUUGGAUUGCCUCACAUCCCGCCAAAUGGAAGGAAUAUGUUCGCAACCGAGUUGCAGCUAUACAGGAUGUUGUACCCUCUGCGUCUUGGGGUUUCGUUCCCGGCAAGGAGAACCCCGCUGAUUGCGCCUCGAGAGGUUUGCGUGUGCAUGAGAUGGAACGACAUUCUUUAUGGUGGAACGGGCCCUUGUGGUUACAUGGUUCGCCUAAACAGUGGCCGAAAUUAAAUCCUGGGUUUUCUGUCGAGCUAGAUAUGGAGGUAAGCUCCGGACAUAUCCUUACUUCUGUUCAAGACCGAGAAAUAGUUUAUUGGGAUCUCUUGGAACGCUACUCUUCGCUCACGAAGCUUAUACGAGUUACCGCAGUGUGCCUACGCGCUGCUCAGCGUUUUCGACGUUUACCUUUGGAGUCGUUCACCGAGCAUUUGUCUCCCCUUGAACUUCAGAAGAGUAGUCAAUUUUGGAUUUGUAAGGUACAACAAUCUCAUUUUAAGCAUGAGAUAGAGACACUGAACAGAGGAGGUCGCUUAUCUAAGGCAAAUCCUUUGGUUAAACUUACACCUUACAUAGACAAGUUUGGAAUAAUAAGAGUUGGCGGUCGACUACAGCAAGCAAGCUUAGAACAUGAUACCAAACAUCCAGUUAUCUUACCAAGACAGUCUCCGUUGACAACAUUAAUAAUUGCUGAUGCUAUCUUCAAACGUUACAUGGCGGGACUCAAAUGA